AUGGAUUUCUCAGAUAGUUGUGUGACUUUUUUAGAUCUUAAAGUUGAAUUAAAUGAAGGUUUGCUUUGUACCAGUGUCUACAAAAAGGAAGUCUAUGCUGGUAGAUACAUACAUAGCACUCAUAUGCAUGCUCCCCAUGUUUUUAAGGGAAUAGUAACAGCGCAAUUCAGUAGGACUAGUAGAUUGAAUACUGAUGAUUCAUGCUUUCUUUUACAGCUUGAUGAAAUGAUGAAUGAUUUUUUGAGUAGUGGAUAUGACCCUAAGUUAUUGCUAGAUGUUAAAGCCAAUAUUAUGAUUGAUAGAUGUACAGGGCUUAGACCAAUUUUUUUGUCAUCAGAUGAACCUAUACCUGAUAUGAAUAAGAACAUAUCAAGGGACAGUAUAAAGAGUACAGACUGCAAUGUGAAUUGCAGUCAACAGCCAACACUUGUAAGAUCACAGUUGCAUCACCGUAGAAUUAACCUCCAGCAGAGGUAUCAGCUUGGAAAGGACAUUAACAAGGUUUAUCUCACUGAUGUACCACAGUUUCCAUCAGAGUAUCAGUGCCGCCAACCACCUGAAUGUGACAAUGGAACACCUGCGACACGUCACCUGACAGAGCAUUUACAGCCGCGUACUCAGCCAGUGAAAGUGUAUGAUGAGCUGUCUCUCACUCCUACUACAACACUUCACUCAGGACAUGGCUGCAGCAAGAGUUCUGAAUAUGACACAACUGAGAGAUUUCAUUUAAAGAAAGAAACACCCAAGUGUGCUGAAUGCAAUAAGUCUUUCAAAUGUGCCAGCAGCCUGAAAAAGCAUCAAGCCAUUCACACAGGAUUGAAACCAUAUAAAUGUACUGAAUGCAGUAAGUGUUUCACACAGCUAGGCAAUUUUCGACAGCAUUAUGCCAUUCACACAGGAUUGAAACCAUAUAAAUGUACUGAAUGCAAUAAGUGUUUCAGAUAUCUCGGCAAUCUUCGAAAGCAUCGUGACAUUCACAGAGGAUUGAAACCAUAUAAAUGUACUGAAUGCAAUAAGUGCUUCACACAGCUAGGCAAUCUUCAACAGCAUUAUGCCAUUCACACAGGAUUGAAACCAUAUAAAUGUACUGAAUGCAGUAAGGGUUUCACAUAUCUCAGCAAUCUUCAAGCACAUCGUGCCACUCACACAGGCAUGAAACAACAUAAAUGUACUGAAUGCAGUAAGUCUUUCACACGUGCCAAUAACCUGAAAAACCAUCAAGCCAUUCAUACAGGAUUGAAACCGUAUAAAUGUAUUGAAUGCGGUAAGUGUUUCGCAUGGCUAGGCAGUCUUCAACAGCAUCUUGUCAUUCACACAGGAUUGAAACCAUAUAAAUGUACUGAAUGCAAUAAGUGUUUCACACAGCUAAAGUAUCUUCGACAGCAUUAUGCCAUUCACACAGGAGUGAAGGGAUAUAAAUGUACUGAAUGCAGUAAGUCUUUCACACGUGCCAGUGGCCUAAAAAAUCAUCAAGCCAUUCACACAGGAUUGAAACCGUAUAAAUGUACUGAAUGCGGUAAGUGUUUCGCAUGGCUAGGCAGUCUUCAACAGCAUUAUGCCAUUCACACAGGAUUGAAACCAUAUAAAUGUACUGAAUGCAAUAAGUGUUUCACACAGCUAAAGUAUCUUCGACAGCAUUAUGCCAUUCACACAGGAUUGAAACCAUAUUAAUGUACUGAAUGCAAUAAGUGUUUCACACAGCUAGGCAAUCUUCAACAGCAUUAAGCCAUUUACACAGGAUUGAAACCAUAUAAAUGUACUGAAUGCAAUAAGUGCACACAGCUAGGCAGUCUUCGAAAGCAUUAUGCCAUUCACACAGGAGUGAAGUGAUAUAAAUGUAUUGAAUGCUGUAAGUACUUCAAAUAUCUCAGCAAUCUUCAGGCACAUCGUGCCACUCACACAGGCAUGAAACAACAUAAAUGUACAGAAUGCAAUAAGUCUUUUAAAUGUGCCAGUGGCCUGAAAAAUCAUCAAGCCAUUCACACAAGAAACCAGUAUAAACAUUCAUUUGAAGCUAGACAGCAAGGAAAGAAACAGGAAACUGUGGAAACUCUGGAAGUCCACAAGGAAGCUCUUGAUACAACACAGGUUAAUCCAUUGGAAAGUUUCCGCUAUUCCACAAGUAUGAAGAGUACAGACUACAAUGUGAAUUGCAGUCAACAGCCAACACUUGUAAGAUCACAGUUACAUGACCCUACAAUUAACCUCCAGCAGAGGUCUCAGCCUGCAAAGGACAUUGACAAGGUUCAUCUCACUGAUGUGCCACAGUUUCCAUCAGAGUAUCUGUGCCACCAAACCCCUGAAUGUGACAAUGGAACACCUGCGAUGCGUCACCUGACAGAGCAUCUACAGCCGCGUACUCAGCUGGUGAAAAUGUAUGAUGAGCUGUCUCUCACUCCUAUUACAACACUUCACUCAGGACAUGGCUGCAGCAAGAGCACUGAACAUGACACAACUGAGAGAUUUCAUGCAAAGAAAGAAACACACAAGUGUGCUGAAUGCAAUAAGUCUUUCAAAUGUGCCAGCAGCCUGAAAAAGCAUCAAGCCAUUCACACAGGAUUGAAACCAUAUAAAUGUACUGAAUGCAGUAAGUGUUUCACACAGCUAGGCAAUCUUCGACAGCAUUAUGCCAUUCACACAGGAUUGAAACCAUAUAAAUGUACUGAAUGCAAUAAGUGUUUCACACAGCUAAGCAAUUUUCGACAGCAUUAUGCCAUUCACACAGGAGUGAAGCGAUAUAAAUGUACUGAAUGCUGUAAGUGCUUCACAUAUCUCAGCAAUCUUCAGGCACAUCAUGCCACUCACACAGGUAUGAAACAACAUAAAUGUGCUGAAUGCAAUAAGUCUUUCACACGUGCCAGUGGCCUGAAACAGCAUCAAGCCAUUCACAUAGGAGAGAAACCAUAUAAAUGUACAGAAUGCAGUAAGUGUUUCACACGUGCCAGUGGCCUAAAAAAUCAUCAAGCCAUUCACACAGGAUUGAAACCAUAUAAAUGUACUGAAUGCAGUAAGUGUUUCAAACAGCUAGGCAGUCUUCAACAGCAUUAUGCCAUUCACACAGGAGUGAAGCGAUAUAAUUGUACUGAAUGCUGUAAGCACUUCAAAUAUCUCAGCAAUCUUCAGGCACAUCGUGCCACUCACACAGGCAUGAAACAACAUAAAUGUACAGAAUGUAAUAAGUCUUUCAAAUGUGCCAGCAGCCUGAAAAAUCAUCAAGCCAUUCAUACAGAAUUUAAACCAUAUAAAUGUACUGAAUGCAGUAAGUGUUUCACACUGCUAGGCAGUCUUCGACAGCAUUAUGCCAUUCACACAGGAUUGAAACCAUAUAAAUGUACUGAAUGCAAUAAGUGUUUCAAACAUCUCCGCAAUCUUCGACAGCAUCUUGUCAUUCACACAGGAAUGAAACCAUAUAAAUGUACUGAAUGCAGUAAGUGUUUCAGAUAUCUCAGCAAUCUUCGAAAGCAUCUUGUCAUUCACACAGGAUUGAAACCAUAUAAAUGUACUGAAUGCAAUAAGUGUUUCACACAGCUAGGCAAUCUUCGACAGCAUUAUGCCAUUCACACAGGACUGAAACCAUAUAAAUGUACUGAAUGCAAUAAGUGUUUCACACAGCUAGGCAAUCUUCGAAAGCAUUAUGCCAUUCACACAGGAGUGAAGCAGUAUAAAUGUACUGAAUGCUGUAAGUACUUCAAAUAUCUCAGCAAUCUUCAGGCACAUCGUGCCACCCACACAGGUAUGAAACAACAUAAAUGUACAGAAUGUAAUUAGUCUUUCACAUGUGCUAGUGGCCUGAAAAAUCAUCAACCCAUUCACACAAGAAACCAGUAUAAACAUUCAUUUGAAGCUUGACAACAAGGAAAG